AAUAUAAAUAUUUUUAUAUAAAAAGCUAGGAGUAUUAGAUUAACWAUUUUAUUUUUCUCUUUACUAUUUUAUUUUUAUAAUAAUUUUUUUAAAGUAGCAAAUCUUUAAUGAAUUUAUAUAACGUAAUCACAUUAAUUGUAAUUGUUUUUGUUGUGACCAGCAAUGGUCUGCAAACCAAUUACGAGUACUAUACGAGCGGAGGCAUCAAAUCGGGUUUAAGAGCCGAUUCAGUGGACUUUACAUUAAAUGACAAGAAAAUUACAUUAUUUAGCGGUUCAUUGCAUUACUUUCGGUUACCACAACARUAUUGGAAGGAUAGGCUAUUGAAGUUCAGAGCCGCCGGUCUUAAUGCGGUGGAAACGUAUGUUCCAUGGAAUCUACAUGAGCAAAUACCCGGACAGUUUGAUUUUGAAACCGGUUUUCUAAAUCUCAAAGAGUUUCUCGAAACUGCAAAACAAAAUGACUUGUUUGUAGUGUUCCGUAUCGGUCCAUAUAUAUGUGCCGAAUGGGAAAUGGGUGGCUUUCCCGCCUGGAUGAUCAGGGAUCCCAACAUUAAAUUGAGAUCAAAUUACAAACCAUAUCUUGAAGCAGUCGGUCGAUUGUACACAAAGGUGUUGUCGAUUAUUAAUGACUUUCAAUUCACAAAAGGCGGUCCUAUAAUAGCCUUACAGUUUGAGAAUGAAUUUCAUGGCAUUCAUAAUGAUAACGAUAGGCAAUAUUUUCAGUUUUUGAGAACAACCAUUGAAUCGUCCGGUUUUAAGGAACUGUUGUUUAACUGUGAUCCGGCUGAUAGUGCGGCCAGGGCUAUGAAAACGGCGUUACCCGGAAUACUCGAAACCGUUAAUUUUAAUUCAGAUUCACUUAAGUUUUUGAAUCUAUUACGUGAAGCGCAACCAAAUAAACCAUUAUUUGUAACUGAAUUUUGGUCGGGAAUGUUUGAUAGAUGGGGUGUUCCCCGGGCACCGAUGCCUAUCAAACAUUUUGAAAAAGAAAUUACUGAUAUUAUGUUUGUCGCCAAUUCAUCACUUAAUUUCUAUAUGUUUUUUGGUGGCACUAAUUUCGGGUUUAUGAAUGGUGCUAAUGGUGCGAGUGUUACAACCAGUUAUGACUAUAAUGGACCACUUUCUGAGUCAGGCAAUUAUACUGAAAUGUAUUGGAAAACCAAAGAGUUAAUCACAAAAUUUACUAAAGAGAGGGGUUAUCCACAGCUCACGAUACCAGAUCCGCCAAAACCACAACUGACUACCAGUUACGGCAAAGUUAUUAUCAAAGAUUAUCUAAGUUUAGACAAUUUGUUGAGUAAAGUCAAGUCAAUCACAACAUCAAAGCCACAACACAUGGAGUUAUUAAAUUUGGGAGAGAAUUAUGGGCAAAGUUAUGGAUUUAUUAAUUAUAGACUUACGGGACUUCAAAAAUUUAAACAUUUAAAACUAAAUGGAGGUGUUUCCGAUAGAGGAAUUAUACUCAUUGAUCACAAACAAGUGGGUCUUGUAGUGAGUAAUAAAGAUUACGAUCAGGACUUAAAAGACAGUGAUUUUGCAAAUACAACGACACAUACUUUGGAUAUAAUUGUAGAAAACACGGGACGGACUGAUGGCGGACAAGAGAUGAAUUGGGCCCGAAAGGGACUCAAUGGCGACAUUAAUAUUGACGGAAAAGUUAUUUCUGAUAUACAGACAUAUCCUCUUGAGUUUAAAGAACAGUUUGUUAAUCAAAUUAAUGAUUUAAGAGGCAAUCCAUUUGUCGACAAUCUUAAGAGUCCAGCAUUUUAUAGAUCAGAACUUAUUAUAAAUGGCAGUCCAAAGGAUACAUUCAUACGUUUGGAUCAUUGGGUUAAAGGAAAUGUAUUUAUAAAUGGUUUCAAUUUGGGUCGUUAUUAUGAAAUUGGUCCACAAAAAACACUAUACAUACCGUCGCCGUUAUUAAAAUCGGGUAAAAACACAAUUUCAAUGUUUGAAUUACAUUCUGCUACUAAUAGUAUUGAGUUUAUUGAUAAACAUGAAUGGAAGUAAUAUAUUAAAACAUAA